GAGUAGUUUUCUCAAACCGCCAUGGCUACAGCUUCAAGGUUCCUCCGGAGAUUACAGAGGUCUCUCAAGCUUCCUCCACCCCUUCUCCGUAGCAAUGUCCCAAGGGCUUUAAGCUGUUUGGCUCACAAAACUACGGAGCCAUUUGAAUCUCGUAUCCGCCAUGAUUCUUCUAUUAUUAUCAGAAGCUUCUCUUCUCAAGGUCCUGCUCCUAUCGAUUACAGUUCGGUAUUGCAGGAGGAUGAGUUCCACAGAUUAGCCAAUGUCACUAUAAAUAACCUUCUUGAGAAGAUUGAGGAUUAUGGUGAUAAUGUCCAGAUUGAUGGUUUCGACAUUGAUUAUGGGAAUGAAGUUCUCACACUAAAACUUGGAUCUUUAGGCACAUAUGUACUCAAUAAACAAACUCCUAAUCGACAAAUCUGGAUGUCUUCACCUGUCAGUGGUCCGUCUAGAUUCGACUGGGACAGGGAUGCUAAUGCAUGGGUUUAUCGGCGAACAGAAGCAAAGUUGCAUGAACUGUUGGAAGAAGAGUUGGAGAAUCUAUGUGGCGAACCAAUUCAACUCUCAUAAGAAAAAGCCUUAAAACAAUAGUUUUGAGUUUAUCUAGGAACUUGGAACUGCUCUGCCCUUUCAAGCUAUGUCUACUAUGAAACAUCCAGAUGAACAAACAAACUAGGGACAUGAAAAGAUUGUUUCAGUGCGAAAACCUGAUUGAUGUUUUUUAUUGUACUAUUUAUCACUAAUGUAAUGUUCUCACGGUGACACUGUUACACAAUUCUUCUCUGUUAAAACUCUCUUUGUUUAAUCAGAAGCUGUAGCUGCCUUUA